AUGGGCCGCCACACUCUCGAAUACCCCAAAACCAGCGCCAACACCGUCCGCCGCCACAACGAGCGCGCCAGCUACGCCCUCGAAACCAUCCACCGCCUCAUCAACGCCUCGCCCAUCAUCGACGUCGCCUUCAACACUCCCGAUUCGCCCUUCCCUGCCGUCCUGCCCAUGAUCGGCCAGAUGGGCUCCUUUGACCGUCCCAGCGCCGACAUUGGCGACCCCUUGGACCUGUACAUCCACGGCUACGUCUCCGCGCGCAUGUUCAACGUCACAAAGGCCGCCACCACAGAGGAUCAAGAGGAAGAGGAAAAGGGCCUGCCCGUGACAAUCUCCGCCUCGCACGUGGAUGCCCUCAUCCUCGCUACUUCGGGCUUCAACCACUCGUACAAUUACCGCUCCGUCGUGCUCUUUGGCUACGCCACUCUCGUCGAGGACGACGAGGAGAAGAAGUACGCUCUGGAAGUCAUCACCAACGGCAUCGUUCCUGAGCGCUGGCAGAAAACCCGCCAGCCCCCCACCAAGGCUGAGAUGACGAGCACCAGCGUCCUCAAAGUGAGAAUCGCCUCGGGAAGCGCAAAGAUCCGGGAUGGCGGCGUCAUGGACGACAAGCACGAUUUGCAGAAUGAGGAGGCGCAGAAUUCGGUGUGGACGGGUGUUUUGCCCAUCUACUCCAGUGUUGGAGAGCCGAUUCCCACGUCAUAUAACAAGGUGGAGAUCCCAUCGAACGUUUCUGACUUUAUCAAGGAUUAUAACAAGGAGAAUAAGGAGUAUGCUCUUGAGGCUGCAAAGAAAUAG